GUAGGGGGUAAAUAGGUAAAAAUCCCAGACCUACGCAACCCCCAAGUAAUUCAGCGUCCAUUUGUGCCCAAACAGCCCAACGAGAAAGGCCGACGCUCAGAUUCAACCUGAACAGAUUCACCCGAGUCCAACGCAACUUCCACAAAACAACUUCUGUGACAUCCUCAACUUCCACGUCAUCCACCCAGUCCAUAUCAUCUUGAAGUUGAAGAUGGACCCAAACCCGCUCUCGGAUCGCGGAAAGGCGUCGGAGGACCAAUGGAUCAGGGAGAAAGAGAAACAAAUGGCCAAAGACAGAGCCGCAAAGAAGCAGGAGGCAGCUAAGGAUACAACGGCUACCGGCAGCAAGGGACAACAGGAGGCAGGCAAGGAGGAAUCCUGACAGACCCGGGACACGGAUGUCAACUCGUCAAUAGAAUAGAAUAGGGAUGUGAACAAACCUCAGAUUAGUGAAAUCGAGCCAAGCCCGUUGGUCUAUUCUCAUUACUGA